CCGAAAAAGUACUCGCCAUUCUCCCAGAUUCCUAUUCUUCAGGGAUGCUACCGCCGAAGCAGGGCGGUUACGGGAUGAGUUCGGUACUGGAGGACAGUAGAAGACAUCACGAUUUCUUCCCGGGAUCGACUGCGCAUGAUGCCGUGUUGGUGUUGGAUCCCAGUCCCGGAGAGAGUUUCGGACAUCCUGUGGUUCUCUUUUAUGUGGACCUAAACACGACCAAGAAAAAAUGUGCACAUAUGGAUGGAAUUUAUUUAGGAGAGGAGUGUCUGACCCUGGCCCUAAAGAGUCGCUGUCAGAACCAGCUGAAGCGUCGUCAGAGCGGCAGUGAGAGGCUGGCGGGGAGCGGGCGCGCCCGCAGGGCUACCGUGUCGAGGCCCAGGAGCAGCCCGGGGAGGAUGGAGCGCAGCGGGGCUCUCUGUGAGAUACAUUUCCUUCCCAUGGUGGUCGGGGUCAGGGAUACCAACCGGACGCAGAGGCUACGAUGCGUGGACCACCCAGACUUUGCCCAGUGCCCCCAGCCUCUGCCCCUCACCAGCCCCAACAUGCCAGUGUCCAGCUGUGAGCUCAACAAGAACACCAGGCGAUGCCACCAGCAGCCCCUGGCUACACACCUGUCCUGUCGUCUCUACCAGACCUGUGACCAUGCUAUACUACUCUCAGGUGGAUGGCAGCAACAGAUCACGUACCAGUGUCACGUUCAGAACCUACAGCUCUUCUACAGGAUGCUGAGGAACAACGGCUUCCACAGAGAUCACAUCAAGACCUUCUUCGCUGGGAACGGACAGCUCUCAGAGGAGUGGGUAUACCCAGCUACAGAGAAACGAGUGAUAAGGAACCACAUCUCUUAUAUCUGUGGGAAGCAGCACUGUGCAGACUCCUGGUCCUCUACCUCAACAGCCCCACCAGGAACGACGGGACCAUGCUGCUCUGGGAUGGCAACUACAAUGGCAUAUGUCGAGUUGAACCGUAACAUCAACGACCCUCACGGUUCUCCUGCUGGGUUGAACCGUUACAUCAACGACCCUCACGGUUCUCCUGCCGGGUUGAAUCAUAACAUCAACGACCCUCACGGUUCUCCUGCCGGGUUGAACCGUUACAUCAACGACCCUCACGGUUCUCCUGCCGGGUUGAACCGUUACAUCAACGACCCUCACGGUUCUCCUGCCGGGUUGAAUCAUAACAUCAACGACCCUCACGGUUCUCCUGCCGGGUUGAAUCAUAACAUCAACGACCCUCACGGUUCUCCUGCCGGGUUGAACCGUUACAUCAACGACCCUCACGGUUCUCCUGCCGGGUUGAACCGUAACAUCAACGACCCUCACGGUUCUCCUGCCGGGUUGAAUCAUAACAUCAACGACCCUCACGGUUCUCCUGCCGGGUUGAAUCAUAACAUCAACGACCCUCACGGUUCUCCUGCCGGGUUGAAUCAUAACAUCAACGACCUCACGGUUCUCCUGCCGGGUUGA